AUGGCUCCAAGAAGUAACCGCCGGCGUGGCCGGGAUGGCCACUGUGGUCGUGACGACCGCGGCAGGGACCGACGAGACGAUCGCCGUGAGGCUCGAAGGAGCCGCAGCUCGAGACGAAGAGAUCGUCGCAGGUCGCCAACGACGGAGCCACGAAAGCGACGGCGUCGCAGCCCAGAGACGGAGUACAGCAGCAGUUCUGGCUCUGCUUCGUCCAGCGGUAGCGGGGCGAAGAAGAAGUCCGCCGACUCAGACAAGGACGAGAUCGUCCACUUCUCAUGGUCCAAGGGGCAGAAGAUGGGAGACAAGAAGGAGUAUUCCAGAUACCAGGUGCAGAAACUCCUUGGCGAUGGCACGUUCGGCAGAGUCCUUUUGUGCCAUGACUCCAAGCAGGAUCAAGAGGUGGCCGUGAAGGUUAUCCGGGAUGUCCGCCGGAUUCCCAAUCCAUACGUCGAGUCCUUCAGUCAAAAGUUGGAUCACUUCAACUAUGAAGACCAUCGGCAGUUCACUCAGCGCUACUUUGUCUACAAUGCCAGCUUUCGACCUGGUGGGCCACUGUUCUUUUACACGGGCAACGAAGGACCCUUGGAAUCUUUCUACUACAACACUGGCCUUCCCUUCGAUUGGGCCCCCAGCUUCAAUGCGCUCAUCGUCUUUGGGGAGCACAGGUACUAUGGAAAGACCUUGCCUUUUGGAGAUGCAUCCUUUGACAAGGAGAACCUUGGCUUCUUGUCGAUCUCACAAGCAUUAGCCGACUAUGCCAUGCUUGUGAGGCAUGUCCAGGCAACCUAUGACAUCAGUGCCGUGGUGGCCCUAGGCGGUUCUUAUGGAGGCAUGCUGUCUGCAUGGGCGCGCAUCAAAUACCCGAAUGUCUUCGACAUGGCGCUGGCAGCCUCCGCACCCAUUCCCCAGGGUGUGAACCUCAUUGAAGACAAGUCGACCUUUUACAGAAUCGUGACAGACUCUGCUCGUAAAGCGCACGCCAAAUGCCCAGGCGCCGUUCGGAGCGCCUUCAGUGAGAUCAUUCAAAAAGCAAGCUCGAUGGAGGGUUUGAAGCAAAUCAGUGACACCUUCCAACUCUGCAAGGGCAUGAACGCCUCCGAACUGGACCACUUCCUGCAGUAUGUCAGAAAUGCCUGGACGGAGAUGGCGAUGUGUAACUAUCCGUACCCUUCCUCCUUUUUGGCACCGCUACCUGCGUGGCCGAUGGCUGCAGCUUGCGAGAAAGUCCUGAACGCGACGCAACCGAUCCAAGGCCUUGCUGAUGCCGUAUCCCUGCUGUACCACCAGCCGAACCAGACCUGCUUUGAUAUGUACACGAUCUUUGUAGAGUGCGCUGACCAGACUGGUUGCGGGACAGGACCAGCUUCAAGGGCUUGGGAUUACCAGAUGUGCACAGAGAUCUUUUACGAGCAGAACACCAACAAUGUCAGCGACAUGUUUCCCCCAAGGAACUGGACAAUGGAGAAACUGAACCGCUACUGCAGCAAACACUAUGGUGUGAAGCCAGACCCAGUCCUGAAUCGAUUACAGCUCGGUGGGAUUAACAUGACAAGAUCCGCCUCGAAGAUCAUUUUCUCCAAUGGUUUGUUGGAUCCUUGGCACGGAGGUGGGUACCUCAACGACCAGGGGCCAACUUUGCCAGCCGUUGUGAUAAAACUUGGCGCACAUCAUUUGGAUCUCCGAGAAGCCAACCCAGAAGAUCCCCAGUCCGUGUUGACCGCACGCCAGGAGGAGAAGCGCCUCAUUGGUCUUUGGCUCUCUGAGAGCCAAGGCCUUUGUGAUGGGCAGAGCCGGCAGAGCCAAAAUGGAAGCGAUGCACCUUUCAGCCCGGUAAUGAUGGCCUGCAUGGCUGCCUUUGCUUCUGGAGUUGCUUUGGCCUCCACUGCCAAUCAUUGCAAGCGGCGUUUUUAUUCCAGAGAGAAGGAUGCACAGAUGAUGGAGGCUUUGCGGAGGUCUGUGUGA